GAAUGUUAACUGGAUUAUAUUACGAUUAUUACAGUCCUUUUCAUCAUCAUCUUUCUCCCUUUAACCAUCCCUUCAACUGACCCUUUACUCCAUCAACAAAUUUUCAUUCCAUAUAUAAAGGAACCUCAAACUGACCAAAGAUCAUCAGUUCUAUUGGUCUCAUCGUCCAGUCAACUUCAUCUAAUACAAUCUAAAAUAUAAAAUAUUGUAUUCAACGUUAUUUCACCAUUCAAUAUUGUUUCCAACCUCAACUCCAGCAACUCACAACAAUAGCGAACCUUUUAAACCCGAUUACUGGAUAAAUCAAUUUCAACCUGACCCUUGAUCGCUAACCAACAGGGUUUAGUUUUACCUAAAUUGUUAGAUUUCUUACAAUUUAAUCUUGUCCAAUCAGACAAUCUCAAGUCUUCAUCAACUUUCAAUUCAUUAGGAACUUUAUCUCAACAGCAACAUGAUUUUCAAGUAUUUGCUGCUUUUAUCAUCUGUCGCUUUGGUGACUAUUGGUCAAUAUCAAUCGGAACCAGCUUACAUGAAGACGGCCAGCUCAGAAUAUUCAAAUGAUCAAGAGGCAGGAUUUGAAGCUGAUGAUGAUUCCUAUGGCGGAAGUAAAGGAUCAGGAUCUGGUUCUGGAAGCAAUGGUUUAAGCUAUGGAACCAAAGGAGGCUCUGGUUCAGCAGGAGCUAAGCCAUCUUAUGGAGGCUCAAUGGGUGCAAGCUCAAUGGGUGCAGGUUCAAUGGGCGGAGGUUCAAUGGCUGGAGGCUAUGGAAUGAACGGUGGUUCUUCAGCUGGAGGCUAUGGAAUGAGUUCCAUGGGUUCUAUGGGUUCCAUGGGCGCUGGUAACAGCUAUGGACAGCAACAACAAUCAACCGGUGGAUACGGAAUGGGCUCAAUGGGCUCUAUGGGAUCAAUGGGUUCCAUGGGCGGAGGCUCAAUGGCUGGAGGUUACGGAAUGAACGGUGGCUCUUCAGGCAGCUAUGGAAUGGGAUCAAUGGGAUCCAUGGGCGGCGGAAACAGCUAUGGACAACAACAACAGCAAUCAACAGGCGGAUACGGAGGAUCUGACAGCGGUUAUGGUGGUGAAAUGCAACAUCCUCCUCGACCUUAUGCCUUUGAUUAUAAGGUUGAUGAUGGUUACGGUAAUGGACACUACCAAAUGGAAGAAGGUGAUGCUUAUGGAAACAAAAAGGGAAAUUAUGGUUACAUGGACGCUUAUGGUGUUUACCGACAAGUUGAAUAUACUGCUGGCGCUGAUGGAUUCAAAGCAACAAUCAAAACCAACGAACCAGGAACUGACAACAAAGACCCAGCUGAUGUUAUGAUUAUGGCUGAAAAACCACCAGCAAUGACCAACCCUGGCUCUAAAUCUUAUGGCAGUGGAAGUGGAUCAUCAUAUGGUUCAGGUGGAGCCGGUGGAUCAGAUUAUGGAUCAGGUUCAGCUGGAUCAGACUAUCAAACUCAGGAACAAUCAACUGGAUCAUCAUACGACCCAUCAGCAGCGCUUCCCUAUUUAGGAACCACUCAGUAUGGCGCUGGAUCUGGUUCAGGCUCUAGUUACGGAGGAAUGAGCGGCAUGGGUGGCAUGAGCGGCAUGAGUGGAAUGGGAGGAAUGAGAGCAAUGAACGGCAUGUCUGGAAUGUCCAUGGGUGCAAUGAGUGGAUCCAAGGGUGGCUCAGCAUCACCAAUGUCCAUGACAAUGUCUCCAGCUUACUCAGCUCCAUCACCAGUUGCAGCAGGAGGAACCAAGGGUGGCUCAGGAUCAAGAGGUUCAUCAGCCUACCGAUCACCAAUGAUGGCAAUGAAAUCACCAAUGAGCUCAAUGGCAAUGAACGGCGGUUACCCAGCAUCACCUGCAUCUUACAAAUCAAUGGGAAUGACAAUGAAACCAAUGGCUAUGGGUAUGGGCAUGAACGGUGGCUAUUCAAUGGGUGGUGCCAAAGCAACACCAAUGGGUCAAUACAAAAUGAACGGUGGUUCAAUGGCAGGUUCAAUGGCAGGCCCAAUGGCAGGUUCUAUGACAGGUUCAAUGGGCGGUUCAAUGUCUGGUUACGGAAUGAUGAACGGCAAAGGAAUGGGAAUGGGAAUGGGAAUGAGUCGAGGCUCAGGUAAACCAAUGGGUGCAAGUUAUGGUGGUUCCAUGAACGGAAUGGCCGGUAUGCCCAUGCAAAUGAAAAUGAAUGGAGGUAGUGGAAGCAUGUAUGGCGCUGGACGCCCAAUGAUGAUGUCCUCAGGAGGCGGAUAUGGUCAAAGUGGUUCACCAAUGACUCAACAGAAACAAAUGGGUGGUGGAUCUUACGGAAUGGGAGGUUCAAUGUCAAUGGCUGACCAACAGCAAAUGACUGGCUAUGGUUCAUCAGUUGUCACCCUUAGAGUUCCUAUUGCUGCUGCUGCUUCAACAACAUCAUCAAAAUCUUCUCCUUCAUCAUCAUCUUCAUUCACACCAAAGUCAACUUCAUCUAAAUCUUCACCAUUAUCAUCACCUUCCGUUAAACCUUCUUCCGCUGUUAAGCCAUCAACCACCAAGCCAACCAAACGUUAUUAAGACUAACCUCUAAUUCAAUUAUUAGUUAAUUACUUUCUUGUUCCUUUGGUGUUAAUAAUCAUAGUGAUCAUAAAUGAUAGAAAUAUUAUAAUUAUAAAUACUGAUAAUAGAAAGUAGUAACAAUCUAUAAACAUGUUAAUCAGUUGAACAUGAUGAUACCUCAUUUUUACUUCAGCGAUACCUUUUCUUGCCCAUUCAUCACAAUCAACUGUUAACAUUAUUUGAUUGACUCACAUUAUCAAUAUAUUUAUAAUUUUUCUUGAUUAUUUAUGAAAUCUAUUAUGAUUGUUAAAUCUGGUAACCAACAACCAUAUUUUUGAUGGCCUAUUGCUUUAAAAAAUUAAGGAUAAACAUGGUAACUACUUAAGACGGAUUUUUUAAAUUAUUAAUCAUCCAAUUUUCCUUUCUUUCCUUUUUUAUUCAAUCAACUCAAUCCUUUUUCUACUCAAUGCAUUUUGUUAAUUGAAAUGCACAAUCAAAUUGAUGCAAAUGAUGAAAAAAUUACCAAAAAAAAAUGUAACAAUUAUAUUUCAUGUUAAAAAUUUUAUCCAUUGUUCACAAGAUCAGUGAAAUGAAAUGAUCUAUCAUUGUAAAACAAUUUAAUGUGAUCAAUUUCAAUAAAUUUUUAUUAUUUUUUCAA